ACUCGUCACUUUGUGGACUAUUGCCGUGUGAAGCUGGAGGCUGGUUCUGGUGGUAAAGGUGCCUGCUGUUUUCUGAGUCAGCACCUAAAAGAAUGGGCCGGUCCGGAUGGAGGGAAUGGAGGUGACGGAGGAAGCAUCAUUUUAAAGGCUGACCGGUUUGUGAAAUCCUUGGCAAAAGUGCCGCAAAUUUGCAGAGGACAGAACGGGGAGCCGGGUGGCACCAAGAACUGCUAUGGUCGGAAUGGCCACGCAACCUAUAUUUCUGUGCCAUUAGGAACGAUAGUGAAGGAGCAGGGGGUAACCAUAAUUGACCUUUCUGAGCACGGUCAGGAGUAUGUCGCAGCAUUUGGGGGACUGGGGGGAAAGGGAAACCGGUUCUUUCUAUCAAACGAGAACCGCGCCCCAAUGACGGCGACCCCAGGUAUGCCAGGCCAGGAGCGGGUCCUACAUUUGGAGUUACGCACAAUGGCCCAUGCUGGACUGGUUGGUUUUCCUAAUGCGGGGAAAUCCUCCCUGUUGAGAGCCAUCUCCAAUGCCAGGCCUGCUGUAGCUGCUUAUCCUUUUACAACUCUCAAUCCACAUGUUGGGAUCGUUGAGUACAGAGACUAUGAGCAGGUUGCAGUUGCUGACAUUCCAGGCAUCAUCAGAGGAGCCCAUUUAAAUCGAGGCUUGGGUCUUUCCUUCUUGCGUCACAUAGAGCGCUGUCGUUUCCUCCUCUUUGUUCUGGACCUGUCGGUACCAGAGCCCUGGGCUCAGUUCCAACACCUGUGCUAUGAACUGGACCAGUAUGAGCCCAGCCUGUCCCAGCGGCCUCAGGUCAUUGUAGCCAACAAGGUGGACCUUCCUGAGGCCCAGGAAAACCUGUUGGCUCUAAAGAGCCGCGUCACCCAGAGGAUCAUUGCUUUAUCUGCCCUCACAGGACAAAACACAGAGGAGCUCAUCCUCCAUCUUAGAGAGUUGUACGAUGGGCACCUCCAAUGUACUUCAGAAGACAAACCUGUUAGGUGGUAGAAAACAUUCAUUCAUAGGAUUAACACAGGUUAAUUUUGAAUGUAUUUAAAUGUAAAAUAAACGUGCAAACAGAAACA